AUGAAGGUAAGGUGAUAAGUAUUCACUGUUUACAUUUAUUUGCACUGUGUCUGUGCUGCGAGAGUCGACCGUGCCAUUGGCAUCGCACUAUUCCUACACUGGCACAAACCGUGUAUAUAAGACUAUAAGUGGUAGCUGUUUGUUGUAGUAUUUUACAGUAAUUACAGGCAAGCGCGAUGGAGAAUUCCGUUGAACAAAUUGUGAUCAAAACCACCAGCAAUUUCUUAAAGAAUAAAGCCAAAGGCAUGUAUUAUUUCAACAAUAUAUAUUAUAUGCAGGGUCAAGAAUUACUGACAUGCAAGGGACGUUUUAGUGUCAAAUCAGACGUGAGAUUGUUAGUCGCUUGCCUAACACUGAAACCGUUCCGGCAAUCAGACGAAAUUUAGUUAGAACGAAGAUCUCGCAAGGUGUUGUAAUAUAUCAAAUUCAAAGUGGCACGUGCCAAUAUAAAUAAGAAAGCUUCGGAAGAGCCGACGAAGCUAGGGCCUUCGCCAGGCCAGAGUUCGCUCGAAACAUCGAAGUUCUCCUUGUAUUUCUUAGCUAUAGUUAGCAUCCAUUGUUACUCGAUGAAACCUUUUUUAAGACGAAAUUGCAUGAACUUGGUUUGCUAUCAUCUUUCUUAUAUUAUUUGAUAUUGUAUUCGAAAUAUGCUUGACCAGGCAGUAGCAAUCCUACGCGCUGUAUCUUGAACUUGCUAACUACGCCUACGGCCCUACGCCUACGGACUCUGACCACAUAACUUGAUAAUUUUCCUCAACAACAAUCGACAUGUCAAACUUAUAGAAAGGGUUUAUACAGGGACGCCGGAGCGAGGGUAGGGCACAGGGGGGCAAUGUUGACGUAAGGGCAAUCACUAAUUAAUAUUUCGUUUCCGAAAAUUUUUCCGGGACCUUAAUUCACCAAAACAAGGGCAAAAAAUUUGAAAACACAAUUUUUGACACAAUAUUCCAGAAAAUUUCACGUAUAUUUCAAUAUUACGUACAUUUCACCCGUAAUUCAUACUUUUUAAUCGUUGUACCUUAUAUUUUUUGUGUUAGAAUUUUUAUCUAUAAGGGCACUUUCGCCCCCCUACCCCCCUUACUAAAGGGCAAGGGGGGCGAUGCCCCCCCUGCGCCCCCUUUCCAGCGUCCCUGGGUUUAUAGGGGAUACGAGAGAGGAAUUUAACAAAAAUAUGUAACAAGGACACAAAACAUGAUGGGAAAACACAAAUACCAUUACUGUAAAAAGACAGUUGUAGUUGGACAUUUCAGAGUUGAAAUAACUUUAAGGUACACACGUAAAAAUCUCAUAUCUUGUAACAAGUCUGCCAACAAGCCGUCAACAAGAUGUAUUCGCACUGCUUGUCACAAGUUGUCAACAGGUUUGGAACAACUUGUUGACAACUUGUAACAACCUUGUCGAAAUUAUCAGAUUUGUUGCAAAGUUGUUCGGACAAGUCCGUUACAUGCUUGAUAUAACAAGAUUGUUACAACCUUGUGUUGACAACCUUGUAACAUCCUUGUUAUAUCAUGGUUGUAUCAAACUUGUUAGCACAGUCUUGUAACAAGGCUGAUAAUGCCAUCAAGCUUGUUACAAGUUGUUAACAGCUUGUUUCAAACUUGUUACAACAAACUGGGAACAAGCAAUGCGAACACAACUUGUUGUUACAACUUGUGCGUUUUUGCGUAAGGAAAGCUACUGAGCAAUCUUUGAUAGAGAAUUUGUUUAAUUAAAUUGAAUUUAACAGACUUAUGGCUCAAUGAGGUCAUUUUUCUGCUAUUGUAAGUCAGUCACCUCUUCUUAGAGGACAUGCAGUUGAACGCAGAAUUGUGUUUAAAAGUCAUCACAUAGAUCAUAGCCUAUCGAAUUAGGGAAGAUGGCUGUGAAACUAAUUAAAAUAACAAUAUAACUCAUUAUCUAUGUUAGUGAACGCUCGUUCACUCAUAAAUCUGGUCCUUCACCGUAGCAAUUUCCAAUUUCCCUAUUGUAAUUCGAGUCGGGUGACUUUCUUAAAACAUUGCUAUUGGUUAGUUGGGCAAAAAUACAAUGUCAAUGCAUACGCAAUGGUAUGAAUAAACGUUGACUUAAGGCUAAUUUCCACUCAGGAAAAUUAUCCGUGGAUUGGAACGGACAAGAAAAUUUUUCUUUCUUUGUGUUAAAGUCAUUAGUUCCAACCCAGAGCUCACAGGACAAAGAAAAAUUUUCUUGUCCGUUCCAAUCCACGGAUAAUUUUCCUGAGUGGAAAUUAGCCUUAACAUAGAUAAUGAGUCAUAUAUAUUGUUAUUCUAAUGAGUUUCACAGCAUCUUCCCUAAAACUCUAAAAAGCUGGGAAAUGGGAUCAUAAUUCCUUUUUGUUUUGGGGCAGUUCCCAGGGGUAUAUACACGAUUCAGUAAAAUAUAUUUCUCCCAAUAAUGGACUUCACUCUUAUUUUUUCCAGAUUUUAACCAUUGCAAAUUUUUUCGUGUUGUUUUUCUCUGUGGAGGCUAAUUCAGGUUCGUGUGAAAAAUAAUUUCAUAACUACAAGUUUGUUCAAAACUACAGAUAACUUUCGGACUGGUGAUUUUGUUGUCUAAUCGUACUUUUUUUGUUUUUGGAUGGAAAUGAAGAACCUUGGAGAAACGUUGGUGAUUGUGGAAAAGAAUUGAGUAAGUAAUGUUAGGCACAGUGUAUUUUAUAUUUUAGUUGUCAAGGUUAAUUAAGCUUGAGCUCAGGGGCGGCACUUGUUUACAAUUACGUACAAACGGUUUGUUUUGGGGUUGUUUUUUUGUGUUGGUGUAAUGUACUCAGGUGAAUAUGAUGCUUGUGAUGUUACUCUGAAAACGUUGAUGUUACGCUUGGAAAAUAUGCCUGACCACGGUGGGAAUCGAACCUACGACCUUUGGAAUACCAGCCAAAUAUACUGAGCUACGCGGCCAGGCCGGUUCGAGUUCCUUCGAUAUCGAUGUAAUCAUGAUUUUUUUGUUGGUGGCGUUGGGCUAGUAUUCCAAAGGUCGUAGGUUCGAUUCCCACCGUGGCUAGGCAUGUUUUUCAAGCUUGCCCGGUGUGGAUAUACACUCAGAGUAACAUCACAAGCAUCAUAUACGUACAAAUUGUUUGAAAAAUAUUUUCGUAUAUUUGUGGUAUAGUGCUAAAACAACUUUAUUCUCAAACAAAACUAUUCACCUCACUGUCGAUAAAUAGUGCAAGGAUACUCCAUCUCAACGCUUUGCGUUUCGUUGAAUAUCUUUGGGGAAGCCUCACAUAUCGAUUUUGUCCAUGAGAAAUGUCACAUGGACGUUUCUCUGGAGACCCCACCCCCACCCUUUAGAAAUGUCGCACAUAGUUAUCGAUAUUUUGUUCUUAUAGCACACAUAAGGUAAUUUUCUACGGUUGGCUAUUGGCGAUGCUUCCGCGAGGAAUAUGUCAUCUUCUGCUGACAUAUGUUUUUUAUUAAUAUAUGAACUUUACAAUUUCCAACGUUUCUCAAAACAACUUUUUCGCAUGAAAUAUUAACAAUUUAACUUUAAGCACGUUUUUCUUGAAAUUUGAGUGUUUUCAAUGCAAGGAAGGCGUAAUAAUAUAAAUGUAUAGAACAGGUAUGGUAGUACGAAUGUAUAGACUGGUCGGUUUGUAUCAAGUUGUUUUCUUUUUUUGAUGCUUUCGAAAAAAAACUAUCGAAUUUUUCCAUGAUGUUUUACAGAGAAACGUCACAGCUAUGUACCUCCCCCCACCCCCAAACGAACAUAUGACGUUUCUCGUGGACAAAAUCGAUAUGUAAGGCUUCCCUUGCACUAUUCACCUCGACGAAUAAUUGUUAACUAUUUGCAUUUCCGACUAGCAUGCAAUCCAGCAUGCCAACUGAGAUGUCUCGAAAUUCACAACUACUACCGCAGUCUUCACAACUCACCGCCAUUGUUCUGCGAUCCGACAUUGGCCAAAUCUGCUCAAAAGUGGGUGGACCAACAAGCAAGAGAUGGAAACAUGCAUCAUUCAGAGUGGACGGAUAAAUUUACUGAGUCGAUUUCUUGGAGAGGGGAAGGAUGGCUAGGUAGAUAUAUUACUUAUAUUAUUAUUAUUAUUAUAUAACUGUUUACCAUCAGUUUUACGUCAAUCAAAUCUCUCUAUUAGUAUAGGUAAUCAUGCGAUGGCGAGUACAAUUAGGGAUUAAUAGUACGAGUGAUGUUUGGAAAUUUUGCCAAAAUUGGACGAGCCGCCGGGGCGAGUCGAAUUUGGCAAAUUUCCAAACAUCACGAGUACUGUUAAUCCCUAAUUGUACGAGCAACAUCGCAUGAUUACUUGUUUAUUAUUGGCAUAUGACAAAAUUGGAUACAUAAUAUCCGUCAACAUAAUAUUCUCUCGCCAAAGCCCAGUCCUGCCAGACAUUCAACCAAAAUUUGGUGCUUUUGUUCGUAUUUUCAUUUAGUUCUUUUGUUAAAGCAAAAUUUGGUGCUUUUGUUCGUAUUUUCAUCUAGGUCCUCAAGGGCAAUUUCAUUUCACAUUUGUGUUCAAAAUACCUUUCCGCCAUUUUGUUUGUUUUGGGAAAAUCAUUAACUGUACUGCAGUACAAUUAAUGAAAUAAUUGUACUCCUUUCAACCAAUCAGCAUCCAGUAAUGUUGUCAUACUAAUGAUAAAUCAAUUUAAAUGUAAUCUCUUUAAACAUUAUUAGAAAAUGUCUGAAGAAAUUUAUGACAUUGGUGUGCCACAAACUUUCAAAACAAUCUGUGUUAUAAAUGUCAUUCAUGUCGUCCCUUGUCUAGUCUUAGAAUGUUAGGGUUUGUAAUCCAAGUGAAUAUAUAUACAUUUUAAGACCUGACCAGGAACGACUGCGAAAAAUGCAGCACAAGGUCCUCUGGUAGGAAUUGAACCUGCGGCGCUUAAGUUUUCAUGUAUAUAUAGGUAUUCGGGUGUGCGGGCUGCGAUAAGGUGGACUUCAAUUAAAUCGUGUUGUUAAUAAUGAUCACUUAUAUAUGUAUUCUGUAUAAAUAGUUAAGGUUACCCGUAAAGGAGUGUUCAUCUCUCUGGGUAUAACCUGUCAUUUAUUUGACAAAGAUUGUAAUAUAAAAAAAUAAAAUUAGUAAAUAUCGUGAUUCUUAGACAUCUCGUUCGAUAGAGUCUUCGCUCGAAACGUCGAAAUUCUCCUUGUAUUUUCAGGUAGUUGCAUCCCUAUCAACGAAGGCUUUUUGUAGAUGAAAUUUGAAUAUAGGCGUACAUUUCUAUGGAAAAGAUGUACAUUUCUACUGAAAAUGAUAACAUUUAUACAGAAGAGUUUAAUUUCUAAGGGAUACCACUUGAUUUGUAGGGAACGAGUGUCAUUUUCUACGGAAGAACCUGGGGCGUAGGAACCGGGGGAGGGGCAAGGCGCCCCCCCAAGUUUUCAGAAGAUACAAAAAGUGCCCUUUUUCCGGUGGCAAAUUUCCCUUUCAGAUUGCAUUUUUGACUCACGGAUGUCGCAAAGCAACAUCUGGGAGUCUUUGUGGUUACUUAAAUGUGGGGCAGUUAAAGAAUGAGAAUUGACCAGUCUGCUUUGCGCACACUCUUUGCCUGCGAAUCGGGCCUUUUAGAACCAGAAAUCGGGCUGGAGCACGACAAAUGGCACAAUUUACACAGUACUCGUUUGCAAAAACAACUGCAAACUGCUUUAACAGCUUAAUUCUUCCCUCCCCCCCGUCGCCAUCAUUUCCGGGAAAAAUUUUUUAGGUGCCCCUUUUCAUUCCAAAAGUGCCCCUCGAAACCCGGGCCCCCCCCCCCCCCAACUUCCUACGCCGCUGGGAAGAACUGUAUCCCUAACGGGUCACCGUAGUGUUCGCAGGUUUAAAGGAAACAACUUUCAAAAUAUAAAGACAAAAUGUCAAUGAAAAUAGGAAAAAACCUGGUUUCCAUGUGGUCGUAACGGUCGUAAAGAUUGAGUCACAAAUCACGUUCUUUCUUAUCAGCCGAAAUACAACAUUUCAGAAUCGAAAAUACGCGGAGUGAUUAUAACUAGGGAAUACUUAUGAUUUAUAUGUGGUAGGUAUAAACUACAGCAUGACGUCAUGGCGUUGAAUAUGAUUUUUCAUAUGACGUCACUCCGUUGAAUAUUAUGUCAAAACGUUAACUCUAUAUUUGGUCGGCUAUUGAGUGGAUAUGGGGAUUUCACAAUUGGCUGUUAGCCAUGCAAUCGGAAACCAUAAAUCUUUGAAAUAAAUAAUAACGUGACUAUCUGCCUCAGCUUCGCUUCGCUAGAUAACAUUGUCCUUGGUCUAAAUAAUUUUUGGCCUUCUUGAUAUAAUGUUCAGCCUCAUGCAAAAAUUCUUGUUUGCCGUUUGAUGGUCUAUACGGUUUGAUUUGUUGUCGUUGUCGAUGAUGAUGACGACGACGACGACGUCGUCGUACAUUUGCAUUAUCCUGUUACUGUCAGUAACAAGUUUUUGUCGUCGUUGUCGUUGUAGUUUGUUGUUUUGACGCUGUUGUUGAUGCUGAUGAUGUUGUUGGUGAUGAUGAUGUUGAUGAUGAUGAUGAUGUUGACGUUGUCAACUUGUUGCAUUGAACUAUAAAUAACUGGAAGGCUAACUCCUAUAUAGUAUGAGCACUUUGAAUAUGGCAAUAUUUUUGCCAAUUUUUAAAUUAUUCCGACCUUCAAACGUUCAAUCUUCUUGAAACUUCGCAUACAGAUGUAUUUUGCAUGGGUUUAAAUAAUUCCUGAGGUAUGACAUUUUCGUUUUAUCUUAAACUUUCAAAAACUCAGAAAAAACUGCAGUCAAAACGCGCGGUUUUUCUGACCGUUCAUGCUUAUGGUCGUGUUUUUUCGGGUUUUUUUUUUGCUAAUUUGUGAUUUGUUUGCUUUGCGAAUAUUAAAUUCAUUUAUCAUACUACUGAUAUAAAUUAAAUUCGGUGGUAUAACUAAUAUUUUGGGGCAAGAUUUUUCUGAUAAGAAAAUGUGCAUAUUUUGAAAAAUUUUUUUUAAAAAGGACUGGGUCUACCUACAAAAAAGCUUCAAGCACGGCUUCAACUCCCCCCCCCCCCUGACUUAGCCUUCCAGUUAUUUAUAGUUCAAUGACUUGUUGUCGUUACUGCUUCUGUUGUCGUCAUUUUGUUGUUGCUGUUAACUUUACUUUUGUUAUUAUUUCGUAAUAUAUAGGCAUGAACCAAACGGAAAGCGCGAUCGCAGGGGCUGUUAGAGGAUGGUAUUCUGAAAUAAAAAACCAUUACAACUACGUUACUGGCACGGGCAAUGGUGUUGUGGGACACUUCCAAGCGGUCGUAUGGAGCAGUACUACCAAACUGGGGUGUGGUAUCAAUAUACAGUCCGGUGAUGGGACUUACGUCACUGCGCAUUCUUCACCAGCGUCGCACGCAAAUGUAGAUCGUGAUAAACUAGCACCACUGAACGUCAAGCCAAGAAAAGCACCAGGUGUGUGUUGCGCACGUACGUAUUAUGUACAUUAAGGCUAAUUUCUACUCAGAAAAAUUAUCCGUGGAUUGGAACGGACAAGAAAAUUUUUCUUUGUCUU